AUUAUUUUGUGUUCUCCUUAUGCUUGCUUUCAAUUAAUUGUUACAUUGCUGAAUCAAAUUCUGCUGCAUUUAUGCAGGAAAAAAUGGUUCAUGUUGGCUUUUUCCUUCUGGGGUGUCUCUCCAUCAUGAUCUCAUAUGCUAAUGGUUAUGUCACCAAUUGGGGUUGGAACAAUGCACAUGCCACAUUCUACGGUGGAAGUGAUGCUUCUGGGACAAUGGGUGGAGCUUGUGGCUAUGGAAACCUGUAUAGCCAAGGGUAUGGAACUGACACAGCAGCCCUUAGCACUGCACUGUUCAACAAUGGCUUGAGUUGUGGCUCAUGCUACCAAAUCAAAUGUGCAAAUGACCCACAGUGGUGCCUCCCUGGCACCAUUGUAGUCACUGCCACUAAUUUCUGCCCCCCUGGUGGAUGGUGUGACCCUCCCAAUCACCAUUUUGAUCUUUCUCAACCUGUUUUUCAGCAAAUUGCUCAGUACAAAGCUGGUGUUGUUCCUGUAGUUUACAGAAGGGUAAGGUGCAGAAGAAGGGGUGGAAUCAGGUUCAGCAUCAAUGGUCAUUCAUACUUCAACUUAGUCCUUGUGACUAAUGUUGGAGGGGCUGGUGAUGUGCAUUCUGUGGCCAUCAAAGGUUCAAGGAAUAGGUGGCAAGCCAUGUCAAGGAAUUGGGGCCAAAACUGGCAGAGCAAUUCCUACCUUAAUGGACAGAGUCUCUCCUUUUUGGUCACCACAAGUGAUGGCCGCAGUGUCCUCUCAUACAAUGCUGCACCACCAAGUUGGUCCUUUGGACAGACCUACACCGGAAGGCAAUUCCGCUACUAACCAACCUUUUUCUUUCAUGGAACAUCAUUCUCAUAUUGUUUGUUACUGCCACCAACACAUGCAUCAAGAAGAAAAGGACUACGGCAUAGGUUAACAGUGUAAAUGUGUCAAUAUUGAGCCACAAAAUAGUGUGCUUUAGUUUAAUUUAGUUUUUUUUAUCUGAUACCUUGGUUUAUGCCAAGUUAGCCUCAAGGGUGCUACUUGUGUUUGUUUGCCUUUGGCAAAUGGGAUUCUGGCUCUAUUCAGUAAGACCAACUUAAAUAAUAAUAAUAAUAAAGUAUAUUUUUAUUUUACUUCAA